GUCAGAAUUUGCCUUUUUUGCUUUUUCAGAUGCAAUUAGUUUAACAGCUCGCAGUAGGGUUGCUUUUUUAAUAUUUUCAAAGCUGUAAGGCUAAAGUUUCACGCAGCAUGCAGGCGCGUGUUUGGGUGGAUGCGCUCGCCCAUCCCCGCGCGCGCUCCAGCUCUCCCCUCACCGCUCCUCGGUGUUUUGCUGCUCAGUACUGCUCACACCUGAAGUGACAGAGUGAGGAGUGAGGCUGGAGCUGGGAGAGGAGCGCACACAGCCGGACGCUGCUGCGCGACGCGCAUUUGGAGACGUCCAAAGGGAGGGGGCGCGCGCAUCUGACAAGCAUCUGACGGAUUUCUUCUUUCUUUUUUUUUAAAACCAUUUGGGGCGAAAAGAAACAAGAAUCGAUUGGGAGCGUGGCUCAUCUCGCUUGUCGUCAAAGCACCAUGCGAGCAGAGCAGACGCGCCGUGUGCCAUGCUGAGAAACUCCCCGACUCUCCUGCUGGCUCUGACCGCGGUGGCCGCACUUGUCCCGCCAUGCCAAUGCUGGAGCGACGAGGACCUCCUCCUGCCGCCCAUCAACUCCUCCAACAGGUUCCUGGCCAACCUGGAGGUGGACGUGCGCUUCUCCAAGAGGUCCGUGGAGGAGAGCGACGCCGCGCCCGAUGCCUACCCGCUGCAGGCGCUCAGCCCCUCCGCGUCCCAGUGCAACGUGAGCGUCCACAGACUGCUGCCCACGUCGCUGGUGGCCCGCUGGGACAGCAGCUUCGGCUUCCAGUGUGACGUCCUCAUCUACACCACCAACAACCACGGCAGGGCUUUCUUCUCCGCCUCCAUCAACCGGGCCAUCUCACCCGUGGUCAUCGAGCACCUCGGGGUCACCGGGGGUCAGCAGGAGCUGAGGCUGUGCGUGGGCUGCGGCAUGUCCCGGUACCGCCGCUUCAGCCAGGGCAGGUCGCGGGGUCAGCAGAGCGGGGACCAGGUGACCUUCUGCUGCGUGGACUUCAGCCUCGACGAGCUGAAGGGGGACAAAACUUGGAGGCUGAACAGGAAGCCCAUCGAGUCCACGCUCGUGGCGUGCUUCAUGACCCUGGUCAUCAUCGUGUGGAGUGUUGCUGCUCUCAUAUGGCCGGUGCCCAUCAUUGCAGGCUUCCUCCCCAACGGGAUGGAGCAGAGGAGACCCAGAUAACUGCACACUCAACCCUUUAUAGCCUGUGCUGCCUAAACUAGACCUGUAGCCAUUCAGCUGUACACAAACAUGGAGGCUCCAAGAACACAGCUUUCCUUUAACCUUAGACCUCCUCCUUCCUCACUGGGAAUGUAAGGUAAAGUAUACAGGAUUAUUCUAAUAGCCAAUAGUAAUCUCUACUGGGACCAAUGUGUUUUGUAUACCUGUAGGCCUUCCUCUAGAUUAGAACAAGUCAUUGUAAAGCGUGCGUCUCUGAGCAGUGUUUGUAACUUUUUAACCUUUCUAACGUUUUUGCCUUAUCUCAUGUGUAGAACUUUUGCACAGGAAACUUUAAACAUGUGCUGUCAUUGAUUUACACUAUAAUCCCUUUGAGUCAUAGAUCUAUGUAACCCUUUUUCUAAUCUAACAAUAAAUACUGUUAUCUACGACGGACGUGUAAAAAAGAGGAUUUCAAUUAUUUAUAUAGCUAGAUUUAUAAGGUUUAGUGCAAAUGUUUAUUUGUAUAAAUGUUUGGAGGAGUUUUAAUGAAAAUUAAAAAAAAUAACAAUAUGAAA